UGUGUUUUAUUGUGCUUGUAUGUUUUCCGUCCGGUCUGUCUUGUCUUAAUUUGUUUCAACUAUCUACUGGACUUAUGUAAACCUCCCAGAGUCUAUAGGAGUGGGUGGCUGUAACAAAUUUCAUGAAGAAAUUCAAAUAAUGCAGCUCCUGGGUGUCCCCUCUGAGAUUUGGCGUGCAAGUUUUGCUUGUUACGGUUUUUUUGUGGUUUGCAGACACGGACGGGGUUGCUUUGGUUUUUCAAAAGGCCACAAAAAUUAAAUAUGCGUCUUUUUAUCACAGCAUUAUUCAAGCCACGCUUUUCACCCUGUUUACCUUGUCCUGAAACCAAUGCUGAGAUAAAAUGCCCUUCUUCCUAUUCUCCUUUUAAAUGUGAGAUUCUUGGAUGUGAUUAAUUCUUGUUUCCAAUUUGCAGGCCAACAAUUACGGAGUUCAGCUUGUUCUCCAAAGUACGUCGGCGGCAGAAAGAACCAGAUCUGUGAGACUUGAAUUUUUAUUAUAAAAAUUUAGAGAACCCAGAGGCCCCGAGAUGAAGUUGUGUAGUGAAUUUGAUGUUUUGUGAUGUCUUCUGAUGUUGCUUGAGCUCAAAUUGCACAAAGAACAGCCGUAUCUUCACAGCCGGUUCUUGCAGCAUGAUCUUGAAAAAAACCAUUCUGGAAAACUAGAUGGAAGAUUAAGUCCUUUGUCACGCAGUAAGAAGGUCUGCAUCCCCGUCGCAACAAAUUUUGUAGAUAUCCCUAGUCUGGAGGUGAAAUAUGGUCCGGGUUCUCUCACAGCCUUUGGAGAUAGCUCUUUUCCAAACCCUUCGAAGUACCGAAUUCAACCGGGCUGCCAUAACGUUGGUACAAAUAGCCCAGAUAAUAAUACGUACGGGAACACAGGUUUUCCGUUGGUGCACCGCUCUGUAGAAGAGAAAAUCCAGCAUUCGGACCGGAUGACCCUUGAAAGGCAGAAGCUGACUGUUUGCCCCAUUAUUGACGGAGAAGAACACCUUCGCCUCCUGAGCUUCCAGCACAACUUUAUCACUCGGAUCCAGAAUAUUUCUAACUUGCAGCACCUGAUUUUCUUGGACUUGUAUGAUAAUCAGAUAGAAGAAAUUAGUGGCCUUUCUACCCUAAGGUGUCUCCGUGUCCUUUUGUUGGGAAAUAACAGAAUAAGGAGAAUUUCAAACCUGGAUAAUCUUGGGAGCCUCGAUGUCUUGGAUCUUCAUGGAAACCAGAUUUCUGUCAUAGAAAAUGUCAGUCAUUUAAGUGAUCUCCGGGUGUUGAACCUUGCCCGAAAUUGCUUAACGUAUGUUGAAAACCUCAGCGGACUGGAUUCGUUGCUCGAACUCAACCUCCGCUAUAACAAGAUCAGAUUGGUGAAAGAUGUGGACACUUUGCCCAGCCUCCAGCGUCUGUUCCUCAGCUUUAACUGUAUAUCUUGCGUGGAAGACAUCCUGUGCCUCGCUGAUUCGGCAUCCAUUUCAGAACUCACCCUAGAUGGCAACCCCAUAGCUCAGGAGGCAUGGUACAAGCCAACGGUUCUCCACCAUAUGAUGCAGCUCCGACAGCUGGAUAUGAAAAAAAUCACAGAAGAAGAACGGCGCAUGGCAUCCGUUGCCCUAAGAAAAGAGGAAGAGAAGAGGCGUGAGAGCCACAGGCAGACUUUGUUAAAGGAGAAGAAACGGUUAACCAUCUGUAACAUCGCCCAUCACUGGGAAAUCCAGCAGAAUCGCCUAGCCCUGAAGGCUUCAAACCAGGAGCGUAACCAAGCCGAGGAGCCCUGUCAGAACAACAGAAAUGUGGCCUAUGCAUUUCCCGAAGAAGCCAGGUCUUUGGAGACGCUUUUGGGCAAAGCUGUGCCAGGUCUGUCUGUCCUAGAGUCCCACCUGGUUGAAGUAGAUGGUGACACGCUGUGCCUGUACGGCUCUGGAGCUUUGGAAUCCCUGGAUCGGAAUUGGAGCAUUCAGACGGCUGGAAACAUUGUUACCAUCUCUUUUAUUUUCAUUGACUUUGAUGAAAUUGUUCCAGUGCUACCAAAACUGAAGAUCAAGUUCCCCAAUUUUCUGCACUUGAAAUUCAAGGAGACCAACCUUACGAUGCUGCAGCAGUUCAACGCCUUAGCCCAAGUUCGCCGGCUCGAGCAGUUAACAGUUGAGGCUCAGGGAAACCCGGUGGUCACCUUCACCUUGUGGAAGUUUUACGUUCUGUUUAGGCUGAGCCAUUUUAACCUGCAAAAGAUCAAUGGAUUAGAGGUUACACAGAAUGACAUGAUAAUGGCUGAAAGACUGUUUGGGAUCUUGGCCUACGUGGCAUCUUCCAACGUGCCCUAUUACCGCCUGAUUUCACUGCUUGGCGAUUGCAGGAAGAAACAACUAUGCUUUCUUUUGGAGGCCAAAGGAAAAAAAUUUGGGGGUGCGAGUGACAAUGGCAACAGCCGCCAGAAGCUUGAAGGGGAAAAUGGUACCCGAUCCAUGCUGAAUUAUAUUUCAGGGGUUUUACAGACAGAGAAGCAGGAGGAAAUGAAGGACAAGAAGAAGUUCUGCCAAACCUACAUCCAGCAGUUAGUGAAGGAGGCAGCUGACAUCCAUAUGAAAUACGAGUCUUUGCAGAAACUCUGGCCUCAGAUGUUCCUCGAGCUCGUCAGGGAUGCCGUGAUCGAGAUGCACAAUAAGGAUUCCUACAGGAGGCAUUGCUUGCAGCGCGUGGCUGAGCAAAAACUGUAACGCCACCAGGUUCCUUUCGCGUGUCACUAUACCUCCGCCGUUAUUUUUUUUUCCACAAAGGCCCCAAAUGAUUUAUACUGCUGCUGUCAUUCUGAGACACUUUUUAAUGCCUUGCCUUGAAGAAACCUCAUUUUCCUAGCAAAAUACGCCCUUUUCCUAUUUUCAGAAGAGAUUGCUUUUGUUUUUUUCCCCGUGGCCUGAUGGACAUGAGCACUGGUUUAAUUUGGGGAUAGGCAGACCACGCAACGUUUUUUGCUGAGGCAAAAGGAUCCUCGCUUCCCUGUAUUUUAUUUUAUUUUUUGCUAGUGCUGCAACUCUUUGCAUGUUCAAGCACUGCUUUGAAAGAAGUAAGACCUGGAACU